GCAGGCCCGUGGCGCCGAGUCGACAACUAAUGAUCAGUGCUGCCUUGUCUGACGCCCGAGGCUAACGCGAACUGUGUUUGUACUAGUGUUUGUUUAGUUCCAAGUUUAAAUAAACCUUGAAGAUGGCUGACAGCCUUAAGAGAAACAUCCCCAUCAAGCUCGGUGACUUUUCUGUCAUCGACACGGAAUUCUCCAGCAUCAGGGAGAGAUUCGACGCCGAAAUGAGGAAGAUGGAGGAAGAGAUGAGCAAAUUCAGAUCGGAACUCAUGAACAGGGAGAGCAACAACUUCUUCAAGAGCACAACAAGCUCAACCACAUCAUCACAGCACAGUGACAGCCGACAGCUGGCCGAGCCCAGCCACUGGGACAGCCUGAACUCGCCCCUGAUCCAGGAUGAAGGCGACGGCAAGUCCCUGAAGCUCCGCUUCGAUGUCAGCCAGUACACACCAGAGGAAAUCGUCGUUAAGACGGUCGACAACAAAUUACUUGUCCACGCGAAACACGAGGAGAAAUCAGACACAAAGUCGGUGUACAGAGAGUACAACAGGGAGUUCCUGUUGCCGAAGGGAACCAACCCCGAGGCGAUCAAGUCCUCCCUCUCACGAGAUGGCGUGCUGACCGUGGAAGCCCCUCUUCCCCAACUGGCUAUCACUGACAGGAGCAUCCCUAUUCAGAAGCACUGAGCUCUAUAGCGGUUCUAAAAAGCAGCUAUUCCAUACUGUUAAUUAUUUAUUAUAAUUUACGUAAUACAAAUUAUUUAAGGAUAUUGACGAAAAUUUUAGUUACUUAUGAAUCUUUAGAGAAUCUCUGUUAACGUAGUCACUAUGUGAGCUCGUCCGGGCUCAGUUCUCACUAUUGCUUUCACUGUGAUUGUUAGGGAGUCUCGCAUUCAUGCAAUGCAUUUUGAAUUGUUCUAUAGUUCUGAAGUGUGAUUGUGUAACUUAAAUUAAGCAGUUGUUGUGAACCCCGUAAUUGAUGUGAGGAGCUUAAAAGUGUUCAUUCUACACUGCUGUUUUACCGUUCAAUUCCGACUUUCUUGGUCAACCGCGUAACUGAUAACAUUGCCUAAUAAAAAAUAAGACAACGAUGGAAUUAUAAAGUGUCUUUAUACUACAAACGUACAAGUCCAUUUUCUUAACAUUAGACAUAAGAAGAGCCAUAACAAGCAUGUUUUGAAUACACCAAUUCAAAAGCUUUUAUGAAGUACACGUUUAUAACUUAGUACAAACAGUUGUUUAUGAACGUUUUAGAUGUCAAUAAAACAUUUAAAAUAAA